AUGAGCGCGAAGAGCAACCAUAAGCAGCAGCAGCAGGCGCGGAUGGUGGCGGCGGCCAUGUCGACCCCGUGCUCCAUCAAGCCCCUGCUCGUCGCCAUCCCCCUCGCCCUCGGCUUCGCGCUCGGCAUCGUCGCCACGCUCUCCCUCAUGGGCUCGUCGGCGUCCUCGGCUCUACCAGGCGCCGCCCUCGAGCUCUUCUUCCCGUCGCCCCCCGUCAACGUGUCCACCCAGGUGCGGUCGCGUCGGCCACGGCGGCCGGUGCAGGUGCAGCCUCAGGCGGCACCGGCAGUCAGCGCCUCGUCCCCGCCGCCGCCGCCGCCCGUGGCCGACGCCGGCGUUAAUAAGCAUGCGGCUCUGCCAGCACAACGACGACGGGCGGCACCAGCAGCCGGCGUCUCGUCUCCGCCGUCGCCGCCGCUGGCUGAUGCCGGCAGCGACGACAAGCGUCCGGUUCUGCCUGUGAAUGCGACCACUGCUGAUGAGGAGCAGGGUGAAGGGACGGUGGUCGACGACGACGAGCGGCUGCUGGCGCUGGCGGCGGCGGCGCCGAGGGCGGUGCGCGUGGGGGCGGGGGCCGCGCCCAAGGUGGCGUUCCUGUUCCUGGCCAAGUGGGGCCUGCCGAUGGCGCCGCUGUGGGAGCGCUUCUUCGAGGGCCACCGCGGGCUCUACUCCGUCUACGUCCACACCGACCCGGCCUUCAACGCCUCCGCCGCCGCCCCGGACAGCGGCUCCGCCUUCCACCGCCGACACAUCCCCAGCAAGGAGGUAAAAUGGGGCCACAUAAGCAUGGUGGAAGCUGAACGGCGUCUCCUGGCACACGCACUGUUGGACCACUCCAACUCCCGCUUCAUCCUCUUGUCGGAGUCACACGUCCCACUCUUUGACUUCCCCACCGUCUACUCCUACCUCACCAACUCCACCAAGGUGUACAUGGAGUCCUAUGACGAGCCGGGAGGGACGGGCCGGGGCCGAUACAAGCGUGGCAUGGCACCCACCAUCACCCCUUGGCAGUGGCGGAAGGGCUCACAGUGGUUCGAGAUGGACCGUGCCCUUGCCAUUGACAUCGUUGCCGACAACGUCUACUUUCCGGUCUUCAAAAAGUUCUGCAAGCGCAACUGCUACACCGACGAGCACUACAUUCCGACAUUCCUCCACAUCCGCCACCCUGAGGUGGCCGCCAGACGAACUGUGACGUGGGUUGACUGGUCCCAUGGCGGGCCCCACCCGUCAAGGUUCACGAGGAUGGAGGUCACGGUGGACUUCCUGCGGUGGCUCAGGGGCGGGACGACAUGUGAGUACAAUGGGAGGACCACCACCGUCUGCUUCCUAUUCGCGAGGAAGUUCCUGCCCAACUCGCUCACCCGCUUCUUGAGAUUCGCGCCAAAGGUGAUGGGCUUUGGCUGA